AAGAGGAGCGAAAAAAUCGAGAAGUAAUGGAAGUUCGUUUAGUGCAUGACCAAAAAUUGUUAAAGGAGAGCAUGAUGGCGCUAGUAUCUCAUUUGCAGAAUCCAAAGAAUGGCCUUCUUGCUUCAAUUUUCAAUAUCAUUACAGCUUCAACUAGUUCAAAGGAGACAAGUUCUGCAAGUCUAAUGAAUGACAAAUGGUUGCAGGAAGAUUUACAGGGAAAGCAAAACCAAGAAUCACAUAUGCAAAAAGAAUUGGAUAACUUGAAAGAUAUCUUGACUUUUGAGAAGCAAAACUUAGAAAUGGCUAUUUAUGAUUGUGAUAAAUUCAGUUCGUUGUGCAAUGAAAAAGAUGUAGAGCUUAAGGCUGCCCUAUCAGAGAAGCGAAGCUUAGAAAUGCGGCUUCCAAAGUUGAGUUCUCAAGGUUCAAAGAAAACUAUUUCGAAAGAGUUGGUUGACGCAAAUAAUCAGGUUUUUGAAAAGAUCCAUGAAGAACUGAAAGCUCGUUCUAUGUUGCGUACCGUAGAAGAAACAAAGAAGAGGCUUUUGAGUGAAAAAUCAUCAGUUGAGGCAAAAAUUGUAGAGCUGGAAAAGAAGAAAUCAAGUGAGAUGGACAUGCAUAAUUGAAUCAUUGCUUCAAUACAAGUACUAUUGGAAGAUCGGAUUAUUCAAAAGUUACUAGUAGGAUUAGAAUAUAAUUAAUGACUUGCUUAUUCUUUUUUCUUACAAGUACAAACAUGCAGAAGUAUUUAGUUCUUUGGACUAUCAAUCUUAUAUUGACCUUUGCAAAUU